AUGUCCAAUCAAGACAUUCGUCCAAUCAAAUACAGUGAACUGAGAAGUGUUAUUCAAUAUCAUAUUGAUUCAUAUAAUGCAUUGUAUCAGUUAAAAAUUGACAGAGAAGAAGAUUUAAACUCAAUUUACAAAAUGAUCAAAACAGAGCUGAUUGAUUCAAAGAAACAUCCUCCCGAAAAUAUUAUAAAAGACAUUUUAAAUAUCAUUGAGUACAAUAAUCGGUAUACAAAGUCAUACUUGAAACUUGCAAAACUCAUUUCUGAUGAUUAUCAUGUAACAGAUGUUUCUAAUAUUACAAAUCUUUCUAACUACCUCUUUUAUGAAGAAUAUGGAAUUAAUUUGGACAAAACAAAAAAAUUCGAAACAAUUAACAUACAAAACCUCAAAAUUCAUUCAGAAGAUACAAUUUUCAGAGCAAUUAUGGAUAAUGACUUAGAAAAAUUCAUUGCAUUCACUGAAAGACAAGGAUUUGAUAAAGAUCAAAAACUCAAGAGUAAUUUGUAUCCAUAUUCAUCCUGGGGACAUUCAUUACUUGAAUUAUGUUGUUACCAUGGAGCAGUUGAUUGUUUCAAGUUCUUAAGAACAGAAUUUAAAUCAGCAAUAACUGAUACAUGUCUCAAAUUUUCAUUUUUAGGAAGAAGUAAAGAGAACUUGAGUGAAUGUUUGAAAUAUCUGAAACCAAAUGAAUUUUGCAUGAGAUACGCAAUUAUUUCACACAACAUUGAUUUUGUUACAUUUCUGAUGAAUGAAUAUAGUUUAUAUAUCGACUUAGAAUACUGUGCCGAACAUAACAAUAUUGAAUCAUUUUUAGUAUAUUUUGAUCAAACUAAUGAUGUUGACAAAUGUUUUGUUUAUUCACCUAUGUUUAAUAUUCCAUCCUUUUGUGAAUAUUUCCUUUCACGUUGUAAAUAUAUCAAUACAAGAGUUAAUGGAUUAACAGCUCUUCACAGUACGACAUGGAAUAAUUGUAAAGAAAUUGCCGAACUUCUCAUUUCGCAUGGCGCAUAUGUCGAUGUGAAAGACAACAAUAAAAAAACCGCUCUUCAUUAUGCAGCAUUGAAUAAUAGUAAAGAAAUAGUCGAACUUCUCAUUUCGCAUGGUUCAGAUAUCAACGAAAAAGAUAAUUCCGGAAAAACCGCUCUUCAUUAUGCAGCACAAAAAGAUUAUAAAGAAAUAGUCGAAAUUCUUAUUUCACAUGGUGCAGAUAUCAACGAAAAAGAUAAUUCUGGGAAAAUCUCUCUUCAUUAUGCAGCAUGGAAUAAUUGUAAAGAAACUGUUGAACUUCUUAUUUCACAUGGUGCAAAUAUCAAUGAGAAAGAUGAAGAUGGAAAAAUCGCUCUUCAUUAUGCAGCACAGAAAGAUUAUAAAGAAAUAGUCGAAGUUCUUAUUUCACAUGGUACAAAUAUCAAUGAGAAAGAUAAUUCUGGAGAAACCGCUCUUCAUUAUGCAGAAUGUAAUCGUUGUAGAAAAACUGCCGAAGUUCUUAUUUCGCAUGGUGCAAAUAGCUCUGAUUGUAAAAACAAAGAUAUUUUUUGCCUAAUUUAA